UUGAGUUGUAGUCGUUGGAGCUCCUGAUGGUGACAUGACAAAUCAAACUGGAUUCUGAAAAACACACAACAAGACCAGUAAAAUAAACAGGUUUUUUCCAGGGGGUCUCCUGCACAAACAUUAAAAAAUGCACGGCCGAGUGAAGAUUAAAUCUACAGCGCAGCAGGAGGAGGAGAAAAGAAAGGAGCGGGAAAAGAAACUGAAGAUAUACGUGGCUGCACGAGAUGCCUGUUUCUCUAAGAGGAAGGAGGGAAUUUGGGACGACGAGGCUCUCCAGCUGACUCAGCAGCUACUAUCAUCCAAUCCCGACUUCGCAACCCUCUGGAACUACAGAAGAGAGAUCCUAAUGCACCUGGAGACUGUGAAGGAGGAGGAUGAAGUGCAAAAGAUUUACGAGGCUGAGCUAUUGUUUCUGGAGUCUUGCCUGAAAGUGAACCCAAAGUCCUACGGCAGCUGGCACCACCGAGGAUGGGUCUCAACCCGCCUGCCUCGGCCGGACUGGGCCAGAGAGCUGAGCCUGUGUGAUCGCUGCCUCAGCCUGGACGACCGCAACUUCCAUUGCUGGGAUUAUCGCCGCAUGGUUGUAAAGAUGUCCGGUGUGCCCGUGGAUCAGGAGUUGGCGUUUACGGAUCGUCUUAUCGGCUCCAACUUCUCCAACUACUCCAGCUGGCACUACCGCAGCACCCUGCUGCCGCUGCUCCACCCUGAGUCUCCUGAGCCCCCGUCACCAUGCCGUGAGCCUCCCCAGUCCUCCCCCCCACCUUCUCCACAAACCCACUCUCACCGCGUCUGUGAGGAGCAGCUCCUCAAAGAAUAUGAGCUCGUACAAAAUGCUUUCUUCACUGACCCCAACGAUCAGAGCGCCUGGUUCUACUACCGCUGGUUGCUCGGCAGAGCGGAGCGUGAGGAGAUGAUCAGCUGCGUGUACGUCAGUCGGGAUCAGGAGAGAGUGGCCGUCGCCUUCUCCAGGCCCGUUAAUGCGCAGUCUGUCGGCCUGCUGCUGGUGCUCGACGGUCAGCCCCAGAGAGUGGAGUGGAGGAGCGUUCACCCGCGCUUCAAACACAGCCCUGUCUGGAUUUGUGAUCUUCCUCCUGGAACGAUAAGCGACAUCACAAAUGAACACAACCUGACUGUGCACUGGACUGAAAAACACACUCACAGAGACUGUGCUCUGUACACAGGUCGGACUGAGAGUUGGUGCCGGGACUCGGCAACAGAUCAGGAACUUUUCAGGAGUGAACUGUCAGUAGAGAAGACUUCAGUGUUACAGUCUGAACUGUCAUCAUGCAACCAGCUACAAGAACUGGAGCCGCUUAAUAAGUGGUGCUUACUGACCAUUAUCCUCCUGAUGAGGGCGCUAGACCCUCUGGGAUAUGAAAAGGAGACACUUGCUCAUUUCCAAACACUGAAAGAAGUGGACUCCAUGCGCUCUGCAUAUUACGGUGACCUGUGCAGUAAGUUUAUGAUUGAAAACACCAUCCUGAAAAUGGAGUACGCUGAAGUGCGCGUCUUCAGUAUUUCUGACAAGAAUCUCACCACUUUAUGCCACCUGGACCAGCUGUUACUGGUCACCCAUAUCAAUCUGUCCUCUAAUCAGCUGCAGCGGCUGCCUCCUCAGUUUGCCAUGUUGCAGUGCCUGGAGGUCUUGGAGGCUGAUAAUAACUCCAUAGAAAAUCUGGAAGGAGUGUAUCACCUUCCUAAACUGGAGGAAGUCCUCUUGAAGAAUAACAAAAUUUCGACAUUGGCAGAUCUUCAGCCGCUGGCUUCCUGCCCCAAUUUGAAGCGCCUCGAUCUCCGUGGCAACCCUGUCACUCAGACGGCCAACAUUGAGUCGGAGCUGGCCGAGCUGCUGCCCUCAGUCACAGACCUCCUGCUCUGAUCAGACGGAGGGCAGGAAUCACUGCCAUCGUCGUCCCGUCGUUCAGUUGUCCUUCACAUUCUCUGGCGUGUUUGUUUGUGAAAGAGCAAGUGGGUGUUUUUCAAGCGUCUUGUGACUCUGUUUGUUCCUGGGAGACUGUCAAUCACACCGAUCUCCGAGGGUCUGAAGGCCUGAUGCCUCAGAGCAUACGUCAAAAACCUCUAACACCUUUGGCAAAAUGUCUAGAUUUGUGAGUGUGAGUGAGUGAGUGAGUGUGUAAUAACCAAUGUUGCAUUUUUUUGUGUGUGUGUAUGUGUGUGCGCGUAAGGAUGUCAUUGUUACAACACACCCAAAUGCAUGCGGAAACCCUGAUAAAGAAGUAAACCGACUGACUGUAUAUGGAUUGGCGUGCAGCAAUGCUGGCUUAUUGCUUAAAACGGUUGAAUUUGAAAACUAAGCUUGUAACUAAUAAUGAUCAGAGCAUCGCAUAGUUCUCAUACACAUUUUUUUAAAAGGUUAUGUAAAGCAUUUAAUAUAUGACACUAUACUGUUGCACAGUAAGUCACAGAUCCAGUAAUAAAACAGCACACAUUGUGUCACUGCCUUCCAAAAAA